AUGGACGAGAGCAAACCCCUGAAGGUGCGCCUGACCUUCUCCGUGAUCCUGGUGGGCGUCUCGCUCCUCUUCGCAGCCGUAGUGACUGAUCACUGGGCCGUGCUGAGCCCCAAAGUGGAGGAGUUCAAUGGCACCUGCGACGCGGCUCACUUCGGGCUGUGGCGGCUCUGUACAAAGCGGAUUGCUAUGCAGAAGCAGGAUCCCAAAGACAAGGGCUGUGGGCCGAUAAGCCUGCCAGGAGAACACAACUGCUCCUACUUCAAGCACUUCACUCCAGGACAGAGCUCGGAGAUAUUCGAAGUAACCACCCAGAAAGAAUACAGCAUUUCAGCUGCAGCCAUUGCCAUCUUCAGCGUUGGCUUUGCAAUCAUCGGGACGAUCUGCGUCCUCUUCUCCUUCAGGAAGAAGAAGGACUAUCUGCUGAAGCCAGCAUCCAUGUUCUACACCUUUGCAGGUCUCUGCAUCAUCAUCUCUGUUGAAGUCAUGAGACAAUCUGUGAAGAGGAUGAUUGACAGCAAGGAGACAGUCUGGAUUGAGUACAGCUACUCCUGGUCCUUUGCCUGUGCCUGUGCCUCCUUCGUCCUGCUCUUCAUCUGCGGCAUCGUCCUCCUCCUCAUCGCACUGCCUCGCUUCCCUCAGAACCCCUGGGAGACCUGCAUGGAUGCAGAGCCAGAGCACUGA